UUUUAGUAUAUAUAUCUAGACAAGCUGGAGACAAGUUAUCGACCACUCAAGCCCUUGCACAUUUCAAAGUUCAAUUCUAAGAGUGAUACAAAGAAACAAAGGAAACCCAUCUCAUUUUGCAAACUCCAACUCUCUUCUUCUUCUUCUUCUUCUCAGUUCAACUUUGAACAGAAUGAGACCUGCUUUACUAGUCUUUCUGAUGCUCUUUCUUCUUGUAGAGGCUCAAGGUAUUCGAGUACUGCAACAACAGCUAAUUGCAUCAAUUGACAAUCAGAUAUUCCAUGAAGAAAAUGAGAGAAGUUUGAUAAAAGAAAGUGAUGGUGUUGGUGCUGAUGUUGGAAAGGCUGUUGCUGCUCUUUGUAGAGAUGGGCACUGUUCAGGAAUAAGAAGUAGAAAACUUGAGAACUUCUCUACCUCUUCAACUUCUACAAAUUCAAAGAGUGUGAAGAACAAUGGAGGGACCAAAAUGGAACAAACACUAAAGCAUCCCCACCUACGAAGCCAUGAGAACUUUCGGCCGGUUGAAUCAUCGCCGGUUUCUGGACAUGGGAAGGUUGCUCCACAGAGGUAUCCAGAUAUUAUAGACAUAGCAGGGAUGGAUUAUUCUCCAGCAAAGAGAAAGCCUCCUAUUCACAAUUGA